AUGGAUAUAAUGGGGGCUUACAGAUACGACUCUCAGGAUCUGUCGGCCUAUCAGCCGACGUAUUACCACUACAAAACCGAGCAAACCCCCGAAAUCUACGACGUCAACACAUACGACAGUUUUAUCUCCGCCAAUAGCGAUUUAAGUUCGUUAUCGGAGCAAGAAAAGCAAUCCUACGGCAAUUUUAACUUCUUCGCUUUGAAGCGAUCGUCGUACACCGACAACAACAAUGUCGAGCCGAAAAAAACUUCAUCCCGGGUCAGGAGAAGACAUGUAAUUAGAGACAGGCCCGUAUCUCCUAAUGUAAUGAAGAAACGGAGGUUAGCCGCGAAUGCCCGCGAACGCCGGCGAAUGAACGGCUUGAACGAAGCGUUUGACAGGUUAAGAAAAGUCAUUCCGAAUUUGGAUGCAGAGCAGAAGUUGAGUAAGUUUGAAACCCUUCAGAUGGCGCAGACGUACAUAAACGCUUUGAAGGAGUUACUAAAUUCUAACUCUAAUGUAGAGUAA